CCAUAAAAGUAAGGUUAUAUACGUUAAAUUGGUUGAAAAAUAAUAACAAAUAGUAAUUAAAAAAUGGACAACAAAGUAUGUGUUAAAAAACCCAAUAAACUCAAUGAAAACGAAGAUUUUGAAAAGUAUACCAAGGAGGAGUUGAUCGAGAAAAUGAAAUCCAUAACGGCUCAUAAUCAACAGUUGAAAAAUAUAAUAGCGAAAUCAUCCCUUAGUAAGGAGCAACGCCAACAAAAUAAUCUUAAACCAUUCAACUUUUCCAAAUGUACCGUCAAACAUAUUGCUCUCAAAUUGUACUACCUUGGUUGGGAGCACAAAGGAUAUGUGGUACAGGAAGAUACCACAGAUACCAUAGAACAUUACCUAUUCGAGGCUCUUCUCCGAACAAGGCUAAUUAAAGAUCGUCAGUCAUCAAAUUAUCACAGAUGUGGUCGAACUGACAAAGGGGUCAGUUCGUUUGGUCAGGUGAUAUCAAUCGAUGUGAGAAGUGCGCUUCCCAAAGGUGCAGAUGACUUGACGAAAGAAAUAAACUAUUGCAAAAUACUGAAUAAGGUUUUACCCAGCAGUAUACAGUGCGUUGCCUGGAGUCCAGUUGAUGAGAGCUUCAGUGCUAGGUUUGACUGUAAAACCAGGAGCUAUAAAUAUUACUUUCCAAAGGGAAGUUUGGAUAUUGAAAGAAUGAAAGUUGCCUCAGAAAAGCUACUCGGAGUCCAUGACUUUAGAAAUCUUUGUAAAAUGGAUGUUGGUAAUGGUGUGACAGAAUUCACUAGGAAUAUUUUGAAAAUCAGUAUCGAAAAGAGAAGCAAAGACGAUUUGGAAAAUGAUUAUACAAUAUAUGUGAUAAAUAUCAAAGCAAAAGCAUUUUUAUGGCAUCAGAUCAGAUGCAUUAUGGGAAUACUGUUUUUAAUCGGGCAAAGGAAAGAAGAACCUGAUGUUAUAGAUGAGCUGCUCAAUGUAGAAAAAAAUCCUAGAAAACCAGAAUAUAGUAUGGCAAGUGAAAUUCCUCUGAACUUAUAUUUUUGUGAGUAUGAUGGUCUCAACUGGCAGUAUGACAAGGAAGUCCUAGACCAGAUUAUAGAAAAGUUGAAUUCUAUUUGGACAUUUCACGCAAUAAAGAGUGAAAUGGUUAAGGACAUGGUCGCAAGCUUGGAAACCGAUAGGAAAACUUUGAGCAUAGACUGUAAUAAGGAAGAGAAAUGUCUCAGCACUAAUCUUUUUCAGAAGCCAAGUUCAAAAAUAUACAUUCCCCUAAUGAAAAGGCAUACUUGUGACAGCUUGGAAGAUAAAAUCAAACAUUUCACUAAAAGGAAAAGGAUAGAAAUUGUAACUAAAGCAAAAUGAAAAAUGGUCUAUUAAAAGUCUUAUAAAAAUAUAAAAGUUUAUAUAAGUG